UCUCCCUCUUCCUCCUGCUCCUCCUCCUCCUCCGCUCCUCCCUCCUCCUCCUCCUCUUCCUCUUCCUCUUCCUCCUCCUGCUCCUCUUCCUCCUGCUCCUCCUCCUCCUCCUCCUGCUCCAGGUCCUGUCCCCCGGGCUCCAUCCUGGCCACGCAGGGCGCGGGCGCGCAGCAGAUCCUGCACGUCAUCCACACCAUCCCGUCUGUGACCAUGUCCAACAAGGUGGGCCAGCUGCAGACCAUCCCCGUGGUGGUGCAGUCCCUGCCCGUGGUGUACACCACCAUGCACACGGACGCCGUGGCGACCAGCGCCAUCACCGUGCCACUCAUCGGCAGCGACGGCCGUUCGGAAGGAUCCGUGCGUAUCAAGCCCGGCUCUGCGUCUCCGGUGGAGUACCAGAGCGACAGCGACUCUGAGUCCGGCUCCGCCUCCUUCAGCACGCCAGGCCUCGACUUGGGGUCAGGUGACAUGGAGCCCGUGGACCCCGACUCUCCGGACGUGAAGCGGAGACGCAUCCACAUGUGUGACUACGACGGCUGCAAGAAGGUGUACACCAAGAGCUCCCACCUCAAGGCCCACCGGAGGAUACACACAGGUGAGAAGCCCUACCAGUGCACGUGGGAGGGCUGCACCUGGCGCUUCGCCCGCUCCGACGAGCUGACCCGACACUUCCGCAAGCACACGGGCAUCAAGCCCUUCCGCUGCACCGAGUGCGACCGCUCGUUCUCCCGCUCGGACCACCUGUCCCUGCACCGCCGCCGCCACAUCAUGAUGUGACCUCUCUCCGGACCCCCCCCCCCUCUCCCCCCACAAACCCCAUUGCAACGCCUCUGCUUCCUGCUACCGGGAUCCUCCUUUAGCCCCACCCACUACACCCACCCACAACUUGUCGGUGCCCCCACCGCAACUCCCAGCUUCCUCACCUCAGGAUGUCGCCGCGGUAACCCCCCCCCCCAGGCCGCGGCUCGAUAGAAGCGCGACUUUCAAAGGGGCGAGUGGAAAAAUGCGGAGGAGGAUGGGUGGAUUGAGACGGACGGGACGUCCCUCCGUCCCGCCCUCCGCCCCCUCCCGGCAGUCCGUCCCUCCGUCCAGCGGGGCUCUGCCGGGGGGACGGACGGACGGACGGACGGACGGGAGAGCAGACACGACACCAGACAGGAGACUGAGGACAAACGAGAAGAGAAGACCUGUCUGUUUUACUUGUUUUUACUCUUCUGCUCUAUUUAAAAUGAUUAGAAUUUCAGUUGACCGCGGCCGUGUUGCUGUCAAGUCAAUCGCCCACCGCCGCGGGGGGCUCCGCCCCCUCCGACGUCGGCUCCACCCCUCCGGCGUCGGGCCGAAGAGAGGACACGCGCGCGGCAGAGAGCUUAUACGUUGCUUGCUGGGUCGAGGUUUUUAACGAGUUGAGCGUAUACCUUAUUGCGCUAGAAUUCUCUGGAACACACACAUGCACACACACACGCAUACACACACACACCAUCCUUGGUUUUUCCUGUGAGACAUGGGGAGCUCACUCGAGGAGUCCUCAAGGCUGGAAUAACGAUGUGGUGUGGACGGUAGUCUGUGAGGUAGUAACUUAAAGGUAGGCCAAAGUCACCAUUGCACUGAAAGUCCUUGAUUACAUAACAUCGUCGUCCAUAUGGGAAGUGUUUAACGAAAACUAAAAAAAAGUAGCCAGGGGGGGACGGGGAACGGGAAACGCAAUACGAUAAGACACACACCUGCUGGGUGCGUCGUUUCCUUGGAAACCAUUCUCCACAGGAUGAACUAAAACUGUUUACCCCCCUCCCUCCCCCCACCGUGUCCGCUUCCCCCUCCCCCUGACCCUGGCAUAGCGUGCUACAAGACUGUGAAAUGUUUAUCUGAUUUGUCUAUUUUUUCUUUCUUCUGUUUUUUAAUUAUCAAUCAUAGCUGUUGUUUCAGUGACCCCUGCCCCCCACACCCCUUGAAACACGCCCCUGUCCAGAGUUGUUGAUUAAUAACAGUAUUUGCAUUUAUUUGUGGUGGUUGUUGUUGCUGUUGUUGGUUUUUAUGAAAAGAAACAUGGCCUUUCAGUUUAAGUUUUAUUUUUUUGGGUUGGUUAUUUCUUCUUCUCAGAGGUUGAUUCUGGUAUGAAAAAAAAAGUUUAAAGAAGUGAAGUGUUGAACUCUUGGCAAUGCUUGACAAAAUCCCAGUUGGUUUGGUUCAGAUCUAUAUAGUUUGUGUUCCGAGGCUGUGGACUUCUUUACAAAUAUACACAAACGUGAUGAGAUUACUUAAGCAAACCUCUCACAGGGAAGCUCUCCUGAUUCUCUGUGUGUGUGUGUGUGUGUGUGUGCGUGUGUGUCUGCGUUUGUCUGUGUGCGUGCGCGUGUGUCCAGAGUGUUUUAUCCGUGCAUGUCAGGCCGUGUGUCUUGUGUGUGCACGUGCGCACGCGUGAGCUCCUGCAUGCGUGUUUUGUGACAAAGCGCAUUAUCAGAGUGUAUAGGGUUUUUAGUACGAGUGUGUGUGUGUGUGUGCGAGUGUGCGUGUGUGUGUGUGUGUGUUCCGGGCAACUGUUGUUAGCUUGACCUCUUGCCUGUUGAGCCUUAACGAAAUAUUGAAGUCGAUCUGCAACGGUUUGUGCGGGGCUGAGGACGGACAAAGCUUUGCUUCGACGGUACUACUCACCUCGUGUUGGUUUCCAAGGCUGUGCGUGUCCCACAUAUUCGGGACACGUUUAAUUUAUUGUUUCACUGGCUAAAGGCUCCAAGGUCAACACGGUCGCCAACGUCGCCGUUUUCUUGUACAGAGCGCAUGUGUUCCAGCACGCCCCCCUCUGACAGGGCCAUCUCGUUGUCUUCCCAGCCUCCCACUCCACACUGAGAACGAGCAGAGAGACAGCGACCGUGCGAGUCAUCCCAACUCCGACCAGCAUAGUGGCUCCUCAAUCAGGUUUUUUUUGGGAAAAAUCUUUUCUGUUUAUGAAAAAAAAAAACAUCAAAAGAAGCCCAAGAGUUGCAUUUUAUCUGCUUAACAUCUGCCUGCUUUGGAGCCAGACGAUAGCCUCGGUUAGCGUUCUCGGCCUUCUUUUAGGAGCUCUGGCUGAGGUUCAGUAAAAAUGUUGUCGAUGACAUCAUCGGGGACCCACCGUGGUACAGGCCAUCUGGCCCCUUGCCGUUGCCUAGCGACGGCCUCGAGGCAGGCUGAUUGGAUCCCUGACGAUGGUCAAUCUGUCGGUGAGGUGGCUCUGGGCGAGACAGGAGGACGCUGGGUUGGCUUGUAGUUCAGACCGCGGUGGUCUUGUCACACUUCCCGCUGCCAGUGCUGGGCUAUUAAACCGUUGGGCGGUGGUGUCUUGUUCAGGGUGAAUCCAGAGAUGUCUCUGUACACAAAACGUCCACAGCACCCCCCCCCCCCCCCCCCAUGCCCUCAUCCUCCCGGGGAUCAGCCUGUGAAUACGAAAUCUUUGCCUUACUGAAUUUGGAAGUCGAGUAGGACAUUUUUGAAUCAGGUUUCAAAUGAAAUCUCCCUUGAUUCGCUUGUUUCGGAUCGGCAGAGUCCCUGUCUCAAGCAGGUGGGCUUCUCUGUGGGGCUGAACUGAAUUAUGCAACCUAUUGCACACCUUGUUCUGGAAGCACUGAGGACCCGUUUGUACUUUGGGAGCUUGUUGGUCCGCUGUUAAACACACAUCUUAUCAUAAAAACACCUGGCUCCCCUCCAUGUUGCCACUGGCCUUCUGAAAGAAAAAAAAAGCACAGACAACAAAUCUAUUUUAGUAUCUUUAAAUGACCGCUAUGACGCUUGGUAUUUUGACCUAUCCCUUUAAAGAAGUUCAAACAUUAAAAAAAUUCGGGAAUGCUGUGGUUCUUAGCCAAUCAGAUGUUUCCAUCGUGAUCUCUAUUGUUCUAGAGGCUGGCAAGCCACAGACAUCGUCACGUUUCUGUUGACUGCUUAGGGUGAUGAGUGCAUGGCAGGCAUGCGACGCAUCAUAACAAACCCUCUUAACAUCUCACUCGAACGAUGCCCGUUCAGAUCUGACGUGGGGUAAUCUCAUCAACGGUUUCUCAUUCGGUUGAAUCUAGGGUUUUUCGUAUAUAUUUAUUUUUUUGGAUCGAAAAACUGAUAACAUUCAAGGUUUUCACUGUUUUCAAAACACUUUGAAAAAACAUACAAAAAGGCAGUCUCUUCCCUACCGGUAUCCAGAGAAAUGAUGUUUGACCACAUUGAGACACUUGGCGAGGAAAGUUUUUGUUUUUCUUUCAUUUUUACCCAAUUCAGGAAGGCGCAACAUUCCUGUGUCUGUCGCCCUCUCUGCUUCAUUUAAAAAAUGUAUAUGUUACUAAGCACAUCUUUCUAGAAAAAAAUAUAUGCAUUUGAUUGCAAAAAAUUGUAUUUCUUUUGUAAACUGUUGAUAAAGACCUAAUGGACAAUGAGAAAUAAGAGAAGUCGAUGUACAUACGUGUAUAUAAUCAAAGUGCAGAGUUAAUGUUAACGGGUGAAUCUCUAUUUUUAACACUGACUAGAUAAUGUGAAAGAUAUGCUUCUGUUUUUGUCCUUUCUGUCUUCUUUUCAAUCUAAUACAUUUGUAUCCUGAGGAGAAAAAAAGGUCCCAGUUUGUGUUGUGCACAUUUGUGUUGCAUGAAGAGUAUUGGUUUUAAAAGUUUGUGUGUGUGUAAGUGUGUGUGUGUGUGUGCGUGCGUGUGUGCGUCUUUCAAACAACGAGGUGCUCUUAUCAGUGGUCUCCGAAACAUCUUAAACCCAUCAAAACAUUUUGUGACCUCUGACCUUUUCUAUCUUUGAAGGGAUCCAUUCCUAUUGGUCCAUCCGUGCCCCACCCUAACCUAAUCCUAUAAUUAGGAUUGGUCCUCCCAAGGAUGUCACUAGCGCUUUCGACCUCCAGUAUCAAUGUGGUGAAGCUAGGGUCCAUUUUACCAUGACAUUCACUUGAAAGACAACGUGUUCCACAUCAUAUGAAACUAAAAUUAGAAAUUCUAAAAUAACGUACGCAUAUUAGUUUACUUUGUUAAUCGUCCGGUCGACACGAGGGUAAAGGAACACCAUGUUCACAGCUUGCGUGGAAUGGGAAGCGUCUGUAGCCGAGGGUGUGAGGAGGUUCUGGGACACUAGGGGGAGCACCUGGCGUCAACACACGUGGUUUGGAUGCUCUGACUCGCUUGCCUUUUUGUCCGUCCGUCGGUCUGCGGCUCAUGGUUGUGCUUUGACUUUCCCUCUGUUUUCCGCUUAUACAUCUUCUUCAUCAAUCGUUUCUAGGUAUUUUAUAAUGAAUGCAGUAACUGAUGGGCCAGUACUAUAUUUACUCAGUGCAAUGCAGUUAUCGUUAUAAUAUUACAAGUUAUACAUUUUUUUAUGUAUUUUUUGGUUUUGUUUGUAUUUGUACAGAACAAAUCUGCAAAGAUCAACACGGAAAACGAGUGCUUUUUUGAUACUGUGAUCCAUGGUGUUGAGAAGUCGGUUUGUCCCUGUAAAGUUGUGAUCAUCCCCUCCCUUGACCACUUCUUUUAUAGAAUAAUAAAAAAAAUGUUUUUGGUG